AUGCAACUAAACAAUGAAACUAAAGACAGCAAUCAAGAAAUAAAACGAUUAAAUACAAAAUUAGAAGGAGUGGACAGCUAUCAUAAAAAUAAAAUCGAUCAACUGUGUACCGAAAUGCAUAAUUUUAAAAAAUACGACAAGACCGUCAAUUUUGAAAAUAGAUCACGCACGAGAGACAAAAGUCCAUAUCCAGGAAGAGCAAAUCACGAAGACAGGAACAAUUAUAGGGAGAAAAGUCCUUAUUCCGAUAGGUACAACAACUAUAAGCUCAGAGAAAGUAGUAGAGAUAGAUACAAUAACAAUAAAUACAGAAAUAACAGUAAAGAAAUGAGAAAAAAUAGAGAUAGGUCUGAUUCAAGAAGUAGGGAAAACUUCUACGACAGGUCCAGAGAUAGAAAUAGUUAUAACAACAGAAAUCGUGAAAAUGACAAAAACAGGAAACAGCACUGUAGGGACAACAGCAGAGACAGAUACUCAAGAUCCAGUCCUUCAUAG